AUGGAUGCCUUCCGAGAACCUUUCCGGGCUGCUCUUACAGCUCUGGCCCAUCCGUCCGGGUUGACAAUCCUGGCCCUAGUUUCCGCAGCAGCCAUCACGGCCACGGCCAUCUACCGCGUCUGGUUCCAUCCUCUCUCGGCUUUUCCCGGUCCCAAGAGAUACGCCAUCACCGACGUGCCGCAGGACUGGCAGGUCCAUGUCCGGGGCACGUUCCAGCCCCGGCUGCGUGAGCUGCACCAACGGUACGGGCCCGUAGUCCGCAUCGGGCCCGACACGCUCUCCGUCGACGGCGGCGUGGCGUGGCCACAGGUCUACGGCCACCGGCGCGCCGGGCAGCCCGAGUUCGGCAAGGUGGCCGGCUACUUUGGCCCCGAGAACGACAUCAGCGUCCUCAUGGCGCCCCAGGCCGCCCACCGGCGGCAGCGGCGCCACCUCGCGCACGCGUGCAGCGACGCCGCGCUCGCCGAGCAGCAAGGUUUCGUGCUCAAGUACGUCGACCUCGUGAUGGAAAAGUUCUCGCGGUCCGCAGACGCCGGCGAGCACGUCAAUGUCGUCGACUGGCUCAACUUUAUGACUUUUGACGUCAUCGGCGACCUCGCGUUUGGCGAGUCGUUCGGUAGCCUGGGCCGCAGCGAGUACCACCCGUGGGUGCGCGCCAUUGUGGACAGCUUCUACGGCUUCAGCCUCGUCCACUUUAUCCAGUUCCACCCGUUCUUCCUACCCGUGCUGCCGCUCAUGGUCGGGACCAAGUUCUUUCGACAGAUCAGGAAGAUCCAGGUCAUGUCCAGGAGCAAGGCCCAAGCGCGCAUCGACCGUGGCGAGACACCGGGCCGGAGGGACCUGAUGAGCUAUGUGUCCCGUAAGACUCUCCAGAACAAUGGCAAAGAGGCAAAGGCAGAGGCGGAGCACCAGCACCAGCAUCAUCAGGAGCAGCAGCAGCAGCAGCAACAGGGCAUGACACGGGCAGAGCAGCUCGUCGUGGCGCCCCUGCUAGUCACUGCGGGCAGCGACACCACCGCGACCGCGCUGUCGGGCUUCUUCUUCCUCCUGGCGCAGCACCCGGACGCCAUGCGGCGCCUCCAGGAGGAAGUCCGCGGCGCCUUUGCCUCCGAGGCCGAGGUCGACAUCAAGAGCUCGGCGCGGCUGCCGUACCUGUCUGCCUGCCUCGAGGAGACGAUGCGGCUCUAUCCGCCCGCGGUGGUGACUCCUCCACGAGUGUCCCCCGGGGCAGAGAUUGAGGGCAGAUUCGUGCCAAAGGGAACACGAAUCUUCGUCCCCCAGUACGUCACCUUCCGCAACGAGAACCACUUCACCGACCCAGACUCCUUCCGCCCGGAGCGCUGGCUGCCCGCGACACACCCGCUCCACGACCCAAAGUACGCCGGGGACAACCGCGCCGUCUUCAAGCCCUUCAGCUUCGGCCCGCGCGACUGCAUAGGCAAGAACCUCGCCGUGGCCGAGAUGCGCAUCUUUGCCGCCCGCCUCGCGCUGCGCUUCGACUGGGAGCUGCCGCCCGGGCAGGGGCGCUGGAUGGAGGACCAGCGCGUGUGUGGCGCGUGGAUGAAGGGCCCGCUGCAGGUGAGACUCGCGCAUAGAGGUUGA